UUAAUCAAUUAUUUUAAAUAUUUUUUCACUUAUUUCACUUAUUUUCCUCUAUAAUAUAAAAUUUAAUUUAAUUUUCAAAAUGGUGGUGAAAAUGAUUAGAUCUUUAAAAGUACCAAAAAAGAAAGAAAAGGAAUAAAUUCGCUGUUUUUUUUUUUCUUUUAAAUUUACCAUUUUUCUUUACUAAAUCUUCAAGUUGUCAAUGGAAAUUAGUCCAUGUGCCCCAAGUAAAGGAAUAUCUGGUUGCAGAAAUUGGAGAUCUUUGAUGGGCUGGUUUGCAUUAUGCUGAACAUGAUUCUAUAUACUUUAUUGCUGUUAACCAUGCUUUUUAUGGUUCCAAAUUUGUAGGUGGGACAAAGGAGAACAUAAAUUUAUCACUUGUCCUCCCCGGAUGGUAUCUGUCCUCAAUCUAGAACAUUGGUGUGUUGGUGCAGGUGAUAUCAUAUAAUCUCAGUCCAAGGUAAUAUAAGCAAAAUUCAAAAAUCAUUCAAUAAUAUUUUACAAACACCUGUCUGAUCGGGAAGGAUAUUAGAAAACCACUAGUUCUUUUCUUAAGCAAUGCUGCUCUCUUUCUUCAUUUCAGUUGUUCACUGAAUUCAGUAACUAUUGAUUGUUCAUGUUUAAAACUAUGAAAUUGUUCACUUGAAAUUGACUCUUGUUGGAAUCCGUGCAACGAUUUAUGGUGAAAAAUAAGGAAAACGAGAAAUAAAAAACAUUCAAAUUUAACGUGGUUCGACAAAUUGUCUACGUCCAUUGGAAUAGGAAAGAAGACUUUCACUACAUAUAAAAUUAAAGUUAUAUAAAAGGGUAUUUAUACUAACCAUAAAAAUAAAAUUCUAAAAAUAACAUUGAACAGUACCACGGGGGCGUUGUCCCCCAACCCCCCAACCUAUGGUUCGCCCACAACAAUAGAAAUACAAGCUUGAAUGAUAAAUGCCGUUACUCUGUUCCGUUUCAUUUCAUUUCGUUCUAGCAUUUGCCCAUUUUUCUCCAUGUGUUUUUUGCUCAAAUAUAGCCACAUAAUACAAUAGCUCUCAAGAUUUAAGUCAAAUGUUUUCUCCAAAGAUUUGUCGACUAAUGAUGAGACCAAAGUACUAGAAAUAUGUCAAGCUAAAAUGAUUUUACUUAUUUCCACUCAAGGCAUGUUUUCUUUCUCACCUUACUUGGCCUGUCAUGGACAUCUCAGAUUAAUUUUUAUUGCACGUAUAUAUUGAGUCCUUGAGAUUGAGAAUAGGUGGGAAAAAGAGAAAUGGUGUUUGUUCCAAAAUGAUUGAGUUCAACCUUUUCUGCUUAAACCUUUAGCUUAAAUUCAAUUUCCCAUCAGGGCUGCUCUCCUCUGACUUUCUAAGAAGAUAUGAGGUCCUUUGACUCUCUUAACCCAGGUACGUGUCAAUUUAUAUUCCAUAGGAUGCAGCAUCCCACUUGAGAGAGCUGACCACCAAAAUUCAAGACGUAUGUGGCCUUGAGACAAGUUGCAAAUUUUUUAUUUCUUCAUCCAUUGGAUGCAGUGGCCCGUUUGACUCUAUUCCCCCUCUCAUAGGCGUCUCUAAUUUCUUCCACCAUUGCCUCUGCCCUCACACCUUUGGGUGAAAUUUAUAACAAAAUGGUGGUCACCAGCACCAGUGAAUUGCCAGGGGACUACGAUCGAGCAAGUGAAUUAAAGGCUUUCGAUGAGUCCAAAGCUGGUGUAAAAGGACUCGUUGAUGCCGGGGUCUCUCAAGUUCCCCGGAUAUUCAUUCAACCACUGGAGAAAUCGAGGGCCAAUGUAAACACCCAAUUCAAAUUUCCAGUCAUAGACCUCCAAGGCAUGGAUACGGAUCGAGUUCAGCGCAAACAGAUCGUAGACAAGGUCCGGGAGGCGUCAGAGACGUGGGGUUUCUUCAACGUGCUGAACCAUGGGAUCCCAGUUACCGUGCUGGAGGAGAUGAUGAAUGGGGUACGCAGGUUUUAUGAACAAGAUACUGAGCUGAAGCAGGAAUUUUACACCCGAGAUGUGUCGAGAAAGUUGGUGUAUAAUAGCAAUUUUGAUCUGUACACAGCUAAAGCAGCUAGUUGGAGGGACACAUUUUAUUGCCUUAUGGCUCCUCAUCCUCCCAACCCACAAGACUUACCAGCGGCGUGCAGGGAUAUAUUGAUGGAGUACAAGGAACAAGUUAUGAAAUUGGGGUUUAAAUUGUUGGAGUUAAUGUCAGAGGCUCUGGGGCUCAAUCCCAACCACCUAAAAGGCAUGGAUUGUGCAGAGGGGCUUGCCAUGGUGUGUCACUACUAUCCAGCAUGCCCUCAGCCAGAAUUAACCUUGGGCACCGGCUUCCACACUGAUAACGACUUCCUUACUGUCCUACUACAAGACCAGAUUGGAGGCCUCCAAGUUCUUCAUCAGGAUCAGUGGGUUGAUGUCCCCCCAAUGCCUGGAGCUCUUGUAAUCAAUGUUGGAGAUCUUCUACAGCUCAUUACAAAUGACAGGUUUAAGAGUGUGGAACACAGAGUACUGGCAAACCAUACUGGGCCAAGAGUCUCAAUUGCAUGCUUCUUUAGCACAUCCGUCCAGCCAUCCUCAAAGCUUUAUGGACCUAUCAAGGAAUUGUUAUCUGAAGAGAACCCAGCAAGGUACAGGGAAACCACAGUGAGCGACUAUGUUGCCCACUUCCAAGAGAAAGGGCUUGAAGGGUCCACUGCUCUGCAGCUUUUCCGGCUCUAAAAAGACCCCCAAUUCAAUUUUCCAGUCAUAGAUCUCCAUGGCAUGGACAGCGAUCCAAUUCGGCGAAAGGAGAUUGUUGAGAUGGUCAGGGAAGCAUCGGAGACGUGGGGUUUCUUCACCGUGGUGAACCAUGGGAUCCCUGAGAGUGUGUUGGAGGAGAUGAUGGAUGGGACACGCCGGUUUUAUGAACAGGAUAUUGAGGUGAAGAAGAAGUGUUACUCGCGUGAUCUAUCGAGAAAGGUGAUGUAUAAUAGUAAUCUUAAUCUUUACAUAUCAAAAGCAGCUAAUUGGAGGGAUACCUUUUAUUGCCUUAUGUCUCCCCAGCCUCUUAACCCACAAGAGUUGCCUGCGACAUGCAGAGAUAUAUUGAUGUAGUACAAGGAGCAAAUUAUGGGAUUAGGACUUAAACUGUUGGAGUUGAUAUCUGAGGCUCUUUGCCUCAAUCCAAACCACUUAAAAGACAUGGAUUGUGCGGAGGGGCUUCUCAUUUUGUGUCACUAUUAUCCAGCUUGUCCACAGCCAGAGCUAACCAUGGCCAGCACAAGGCAUUCUGACAAUGACUUCCUUACAAUACUACUACAAGACCAGAUUGGAGGCCUCCAAGUUCUUCAUCAGGAUCAGUGGGUUGAUAUUCCCCCAGUUCCUGGAGCCCUUGUGAUCAAUGUUGGUGAUCUUCUACAGCUUAUAACCAAUGACAGGUUUAAGAGUGUAGAACACAGAGUAUUGGCAAACCGACGUGGUCCAAGAGUCUCAGUGGCAUGCUUUUUCAGACGUCAUCUGCCAUCCUCAAAAUUAUAUGGACCUAUCAAGGAAUUGUUAUCCGAAGAGAAUCCACCAAAAUACAGGGAAACGACAGUGAGAGACUAUGCUCUCUAUUUGCGCUCAAAAGGGCUUGGUGGGACUUCUGCUCUACCACAUUUCAAGCUCUAAAUUGGUCACCAUAUUUCUGAGUGUUAUGAUUGUUGUCUCAAACAGUUUCCUGGAUUGAAUCCUUGCUUAGCAGCAUAUAUAAAACUUUAGUGUUGAGUAUGA